AGGGCACUUAGAUAAGUGUGUGUCUGUGUGUGUAUGUGUGUGAGAGAGAGAGAGAGAGAGAGAGUGAGUGAGUGAGUGUGUGUGUACGCACUUAAAGACACACACACACACACAAGUGCAAGGUUGAAGCUGCUGGAUAUCAGGGUACGGGCUCCACAAGCCCACAAGCUCACCAGCAUGGACCAGGAUCUGGCGAGCAAAAGGCUCCACUCGAGAAUGGAGGCAUCCUGUCUGGAGUUGGCUUUAGAAGGUGAGCGUCUGUGCAAAGCUGGAGACUUUAAAGGUGGGACAGCGUUCUUCGAGGCUGCAGUUCAGGUCGGAACAGAAGAUCUGAAGACUCUCAGUGCCAUUUACAGCCAGCUGGGCAAUGCCUAUUUCUACCUUAAGGAGUAUGGCAAAGCUCUGGAGUAUCACCGACACGAUCUCACGCUCGCCAGGACGAUUGGAGACAGGAUCGGGGAAGCGAAGGCGAGCGGGAACCUGGGGAACACGCUGAAGGUCCUCGGACGCUACGACGAGGCCGUGGUGUGCUGCCAGAGACACCUGGACAUCUCGCAAGAGCAAGGAGACAAGGUUGGUGAGGCCCGGGCGCUGUACAACAUCGGGAAUGUGUUUCAUGCUAAAGGGAAGCAGCAGUUGUGGGGAUGUUCUCAGGAUCCUGGAGACCUGCCGGGUGAUGUGAGAGACACGUUACAGAGAGCCACCGCUUUCUAUGAAAUGAACCUAUCGCUGGUGAAGGAGUUGGGGGACCGGGCCGCUCAGGGGCGGGCUUUUGGUAACCUUGGUAACACACACUACCUGCUGGGUAACUUCGUCGAAGCCAUCAAGUUUCAUCGUGAGAGACUCUCCAUCGCUAAAGAGUUUGGAGACAAAGCAGCUGAGCGACGAGCCUACAGCAACCUCGGCAAUGCCCUCAUCUUCCUCGGCCAGUUCAGCUCAGCAACCGAGUACUACAGGAAAACACUGCAGCUCUCUCGGCAGUUGAAGGACCAGGUGAUGGAGGCUCAGGCGUGUUACAGUUUGGGAAACACAUACACACUGCUGCAGCAGUACGAGCGCGCCAUCGACUACCACCUCAAACAUCUGCUCAUUGCUCAGGAGCUCAACGACAGGGUGGGAGAAGGCCGUGCAUGUUGGAGUUUGGGAAAUGCCUACGUGUCUUUAGGAAACCAUCGUCAGGCUCUGCACUACGCACACAAACACCUCAACAUCUCCCGAGAGAUCGGGGACAGGAACGGGGAACUAACGGCUCGGAUGAACGUGGAGCAGCUGAUGGAGGAGCUGGAUGUGAAAGAUGGAGACCUCUCUCCAUGCAGCUCAGAGUUCGAGAUGCAGGGAGCUCGGCCAAAGUUUAAGAAGAGGAACAUUAUGGACAGUGUGGAUCUGUGGAAUUACAUGUCUGAAAAGAACGGAGAUGGACACGAUGUGGACGGCGUGUCCCGGAGGUCUAAACAUCAGCUGUCUCACUCCAGCAGGAGGAAAAAGUACACAGAGAGCCAGGCGUCAGAGGACAGACAGUGGCCGGACUCACCUGUGGACACAGAUGACAUCACUGUACAGGUAACGCCACAGAAGCUGGGCCGUGACCCCUCCGAUGAGGACUGCUUCUUUGACCUGCUCAGUAAGUUCCAGAGCAGCCGCAUGGACGAUCAGCGCUGCCGUCUCAGUGAGGAUGCGAACGGUCAGGACACACACAGCGACGACGCUGCAGACUCGGCCAUCAGCGACAUGAUCGAUGCCAGCCUCCUGGCCUCGCCUCAGACGGAGGAGCUCUUCGAUCUAAUCGCCAGCUCGCAGAGUCGCAGACUGGAUGACCAGCGUGUGAGCGUCGGGAACCUGCCUGGUCUCAGGAUUACCCACAACAACCUGGGGCACCUGCGCGCCGAAGCCGAGCCUCAGGAGCCCAGCGAUGACUUCUUCAACAUGCUCAUCAAGUGCCAGUCGUCCCGGAUAGACGACCAGCGGUGUUCCCCUCCUGAAGGCGGUCCCCGCGCCCCCACCGUGCCAGACGAGGACUUCUUCAGCCUCAUCCAGAGGGUUCAGGCCAAACGCAUGGAUGAACAGCGUGUCCAACUUCCCUCGGAGAACCACUCGGAUAACGAGAAUGCCGCUGGAGACUCCAGCUAGACAACUCCAAGCGCGGGACAGAGACUGAUGAUGAUGAUGAUGAUGAUGAUGGCAAGGUUUCCGGACUGUGACUGCAUCAUCGGUGUAUUUGUGUAUGAGUGUGUACUUCACGCACUGUAUUUUAUCCAGGGUGACGUUUUAAACGCACCUUCUGUGGUUCAUUAGACACCAGCCUCUAGUGUUGUUGUAGUGCUCACUCACUAGCUGCUAUUCACCAUCCGGUGUGCAUGUCUUCAUUUUUACCGUGGCGUGACGCUCUGGGUUAACACCCCGAGCCUUUCAGCACGCUCGAUUUUUCAGCCGAGGUGUUUCUCCUCUGGCAACCGCGACAUUUUCAGUGUCAGUGUUUGUUUAUUUUCUCUUUAUCGUAUUGUAUCAUUCACAUGAUACAAAAAUCCUUCAAAAUUAUUCAAAAUAGGUGCUUUGGGUCUUGUUUUCUUUUUUAAUUUUAAUAGCAUGUUGUUGUAUAUUUAUUAUUCUGUUGGUGGAGAAAAAGACUGAAAAUGACGACUGUGAAAAAAUGUACAUUAAAAAAAAAAUUUAUUCCGAUCGAUAAAAUAAUGUAAAUGUAAAUGAUAUAACAAGUUAAAAAAAGUAUCUAAGCUUUCGAAAGAGAAAACAAAUGGACGAGUGUUCUGUUUGUAAAAAAGCUCUGUUGGUGUUUAGUUUUCAUGAUGAUUGAUGUGUUCGAUAUGCUCGAGAGCUAAAUGAGCAGUAAUGUAAUGUGGUUGCUUUUCUUGCACCGGUGUCCUAGCUAUUGAAAAAACAUAGAUGUGUGGGCGGAGCUACGAAUACCGCAGAUCACUGAUUGAGCCAAAGCUUCUUUCUCUUUUCUAAUCUUUUCUUCGCAGCUUUGGGAGGCAAAAUCACAAUUUUAUCAAGUUAAAUAUUUUAAUUAGUUUUUUAAAAUAUAUAUAUAAAUUCAUUUUUAUUUUUUAUUUAUUUACCCAUCAUUUAUUUCACUCUUGGCAUUCCUAUUCUUACCUGUAAAUCUUCCAUUUAAACCAAAUCCUAAAUGCCUUCGUAUCUGCUCCUCAUGCUCACUCCAGACGGUACGACAUCAGAGUGAAGGAGGACGGACGGAAAUUGCAGAGUUUUGCAUCACUGGGAUCAAAUUGAAAAGGAAACGCAGAGAAAGAAAUGCAGCUGCGUGGUUCAAUAAAAAACAACAAUAAUUUACAAUAUUGAAUUAGGUGAUAAAAUGGAUAAAGAGUACGUUUUUAAAAAAAAACAAUUUUAUCAUACAAAUUAAUAUUUUACAUUUUUAUUAAUAUCUCCAAUUCAAUAUUCAACAUGUUCUUGGUGAUUUUUGGUGAUUUUGAUAUUUCUUACU